ACUAGUACUCGACAGCGCGCUCGCGUGAGGUCGCGCGCGGUGUAGCCAAGAUGGCCGUGCCCGCGAAGGUUACGUGGUAUACCAUGAGACCAUUGCUGCGGGUGGUCCAGGCUCGGGACCUCGAGGCGCGGCGCUGGGUCCGGGCGCUGCGGCGCAGCCCGGUGAGAGUGCUGCUUCCCUCUGGACAGGUGGAGGAACGGAAGCGUGCUCCUGACAAGCAGCCUCGCAAGGCGGUCCCUGAGGCCGCUUCUCAGGAGCAGCGACUUAAACACCCUCUUGAGACAUCCCCAUCCCAGACACCUCACUCCUGGGAAGAAACAGGGCUUCGCUAUGACAAGGCCAUUCCCGGGGACAGGAGGCUAAGCAGUGUCAUGACAAUAGUUAAAUCCAGGUCUUUUCGGGAAAAGCAAGGGAAGAUCCUCCUGGAAGGUCGCAGGCUGAUUGCAGACGCUCUCAAGGCUGGAGCUGUGCCGAAGGUGUUCUUUUUCAGCCGUCUGGAAUACGUCAAAGAGUUGCCGGUGGAUAAACUGAAAGGUGUCAGCCUCAUUAAAGUGAAAUUUGAGGAUAUCAAGGAUUGGUCCGACCUAGUAACGCCGCAAGGAAUAAUGGGGAUUUUUGCCAAACCUGACCCUGUUAAGAUGACAUAUCCAAAGACUCAGCUUCACCAUUCACUGCCUUUAGUGUUGAUUUGUGACAAUCUCCGUGACCCUGGGAACCUGGGGACAAUUCUGAGGUCUGCAGCUGGAGCAGGCUGCAGUAAAGUCUUACUCACCAAAGGCUGUGUGGAUGCUUGGGAGCCUAAAGUGAUCCGGGCAGGCAUGGGAGCACAUUUCCAGGUGCCCAUUGUAAACAACCUGGAAUGGGAAACAGUGCCCGAUCACUUGCCCCCUGACACCCGAGUCCAUGUGGCGGACAACUGUGGUCUCUAUGCCCAGGUUCAGACAUCUAAUAAAGCUAGUGACCGUGACUGGACAUGUGAUCGACGAUUCCUGAAGUUUCACAAGUAUGAAGAAGAGGACCUAGACACUGAAACCAGAAAAGACUGGCUUCCCAAACUCAAGGUCCAGAGUUACGACUUGGACUGGACAGAAGCACCAGCAGCUGUGGUGAUAGGUGGGGAGACACAUGGAGUGAGCCUGGAAUCCCUGCAAUUGGCUGAGAGUACUGGUGGCAGGAGACUGCUGAUCCCUGUUGUACCUGGAGUGGACAGCCUGAAUUCAGCCAUGGCUGCGAGCAUCCUGCUCUUUGAAGGGAAAAGGCAGCUUAGGAUAAAGGUGGAAGACUUGAGCAGGGACAGGAGUUACCACUGAAGGACCACAGAAAUCCUCAGUGGGAGGGUAUCUCCAGCGCCUUCUGCACUGGAAUGAUGUUAGGAGGCCUGCUAAGGUGAUAACAUAGGAGCUAGGAGGUAGGCAUUGCCACCAUUAUGUGGUUACUGGAAAAAUAUGAAUGUCUAUUAGUUUCUGCUGUUCCUCAUUAACAAAGGUUAAAAAAAAUGUUUUUUAAUUGAAAAGGGUGUUUGCCUUUAUUUGGAAUGUAAAUAAAUAGUUUUGAAUAGCUUCCCCACUAGCAGUGGAUUUAAAAUUAUGAGUACACUAAAAGCAUGUCCACAGUGUUGUAAGGAAAACCACUGAAAGCUUAUUUGAUCCCAGCGCAUCUGCCCACACAGAUAGCAAAAAAACUCACCAGGUCCUUAACUAACUCCACUCUGGGUUUUCUAGAUAGAAUGUAGGCAUUGAUUUUUUUUAUCUCCAUUGAGGAGACACCCUGCAUGAUUAAGA